AAACAAGCUCCUAGAGCCUGGUAUGAAAGACUUAGCACUUUUCUUACUUCAAAUAAUUUUUCAAGAGGAAAAGUUGACACCACAUUAUUUAUCAAAAUUAAGGGUAAAGAUUUUCUCAUUAUACAAAUUUAUGUGGAUGAUAUUAUAUUUGGUGCUACUAAUGAAUCUCUCUGUAAAGAAUUCUCUAAGCUAAUGCAAAAUGAGUUUGAAAUGAGCAUGAUGGGCGAGCUCUCAUUCUUCCUUGGACUCCAAGUUAAACAAAUGAAAGAUGGAAUAUUCAUCAAUCAAGCCAAGUAUGCAAAAGACCUAAUCAAAAGAUUUGGCUUGAAAAGCUCAAAAGAGACGAACACUCCAAUGAGUGUCUCAACUAAACUUGACAAGGAUGAAAAAGGCAAGGAUGUUGAUAUCAAACUCUACCGAGGUAUGAUUGGCAGUUUACUUUAUCUUACCGCGAGUCGGCCGGACAUUAUGUUUAGUGUUUGCUUGUGUGCUCAGUUUCAAGCUCAACCUAAGGAGUCACACUUAGUGGCUGUAAAGAGAAUUCUUAGAUAUGUUAAAGGGACUCUCAACUUAGGAUUAUGGUAUCCCGAGGGCACUAAUUUUAAUCUCAUUGGCUUUUCAGAUGCCGACUUUGCCGGAUGCAAAGUUGAUCGGAAAAGUACGAGUGGGACUUGUCAAUUUCUUGGUCACUCCUUAGUCUCAUGGUCUUCGAAAAAGCAAAAUUCGGUUGCUCUUUCAACCGCCGAAGCCGAGUACAUCGCGGCAGGUUGUUGUUGUGCACAAGUUUUAUGGAUGAAACAAACCCUUGAGGACUUUGGAGUACAUCAAAAACAAGUUCCAAUCAAAUGUGAUAAUACUAGUGCCAUCAACAUAUCUAAAAAUCCUAUUCAACAUUCUAGAACUAAACACAUUGAAAUUAGACAUCAUUUUAUUAGAGAUCAUAUUCAAAAAGAAGAUGUCACUAUAGAAUUCGUGGACACUUGUAAUCAAUUAGCGGACAUUUUUACUAAACCUCUUAGUGAGGAUAGGUUCACUCAACUUAGAAGAGAAUUAGGAAUGAUUGAUUUAUCUGCUUGA